AUGGACUCCUACGAUGACGAGAACCCCGCCGUGGACGAGCAGGACCAAGACCAGGAUCACAAGACCGAGAAGACUAUCAAUGAAGGUGGGGUGGACCGCGAUAAAUCCUCACAUUUACCAAGGACCCUUCGGCUAACACCCAUCCGCGGGGCAGAAUACAAGACCUGGAAGAAGAAUGCGCCGUUUCUUUACGACAUGAUCCUGAGUACAGCUCUGGAAUGGCCUACACUCACUACCCAGUGGCUACCAGACAAGCAAGAAGUCCCAGACAAGCCCUACUCUACCCAUCGCCUGCUCAUUGGCACACACACCGCCGGUGACGCUCAGAAUUACCUGCAGAUUGCUCAUGUGCAGCUUCCAAACCCCAAUUCUCCUAAUCCAGAUGACUAUGACGAUGAGCGGGGUGAAAUUGGCGGCUAUGGCGGUGGGCCUAAGAAGCAGCCGAUGGACAUCAAGUUCGAGAUCGUCCAGAAGAUUGAUCAUAAAGGCGAGGUGAACAAGGCUCGCUACCAACCUCAGAACCCUAACAUCAUUGCGACGAUGUGCACUGAUGGCCGGGUUAUGAUUUGGGACCGCUCAAAGCAUCCCAGCCAACCCACCGGGACGGUCAACCCGCAGAUGGAGCUGUUGGGUCAUGAAGCAGAGGGCUUUGGCUUGAGUUGGAGCCCACAUGAAGCCGGUCAUCUUGCCACUGGCAGCGAGGAUAAGACAGUUCGUCUCUGGGAUAUCACUACCUACACCAAGGGUAACAAGGCCGUCAAGUCCCACCGUACCUACACUCAUCACUCUUCGAUCGUGAAUGACGUCCAACACCACCCUCUCCAUUCGUCCCUCAUCGGGACCGUCUCCGAUGACAUUACCCUCCAGAUCCUCGAUAUCCGUUCAGCGGAUACAACCAAGGCUGCAGCUUCAGCUGACGGUCAGCACCGGGACGCAAUUAACUCGAUCGCAUUCAACCCGGCUGCCGAGACCAUUCUGGCCACCGGCUCUGCAGAUAAAACGAUCGGGAUAUGGGAUCUGCGAAACUUGAGAACGAAGCUCCACUCACUGGAAGGUCACACCGAUUCUGUGCAGUCAAUCUCUUGGCAUCCGUUCGAAGAAUCUGUCCUAGCCAGCUCUAGCUAUGAUCGUAAGAUUAUGUUCUGGGACCUCAGCCGCGCUGGUGAGGAACAAACACCCGAGGAUGCGCAAGAUGGCCCUCCCGAACUGCUUUUCAUGCACGGUGGUCAUACAAACCGAAUUUCUGACUUCAGCUGGAACCUCAGCAACCCCUGGGUCCUCUGCUCCGCGGCCGAGGACAACUUGCUGCAGGUGUGGAAGGUGGCGGACACCAUUGUGGGCAAGGACUUGGAGGACGUUCCUAAUGAGGAGCUCGAGGCGUAA